AUGCCGGCAAAAGAAAAGGAGCGGAAAGACCGAAGCGACCGCGUGCUCGUACUACCUACUCGAUAUUCUGCUUGCGGUCAUCCAUGCGAGCAGCUAGUGAACUCCUUCAAUCAGUUUCUCGAAGGAAAGGAAUCCAACAGCAGACGCGAGAUGAACUUCGUGCUUCCUCCAACUAUAGACCUGUUCAAAUUCCACCAAAUGUCGGAGGACAUGAGGAAGGUUGGUGAAGAGUUGGAGAAACAAUCGUCUGACAAGAAGGAGUGA